AUGUCAUUGUUCUGCAAAGCUGCCGAGAAGAGUAUCGAUUCAAAGAUUGCUCAAGUGAUCAUCAACAUUUUGUGCAAUCUGCAUCUCUGCUUGACAUUCAUCAAGAGCAAAGAAUAUGACAGAGUCAACAAGGCAUCCAAGAAGUUGGAGCAGUCCGGAUUCAUUUAUCAAGGAUUGCGGUGUUUCAAAUAUGCCAACUUGAGUGGAACAAAUAUGGACCAGGUCCUCAGUUUGUUGGAUCGGCUGCAAGAGAGUACGUGGUUCUUGCGCACAUGUUGCUGCAAAGGUGAGCCUCUGGCAGAACUUAUUCAGGAUUUACUAAAGUCGAAUAAUAGACUUCCCAUGCCUAUCAAAGCAAAGCUGCAGACUAUGCUGUCAUCGGCAAACGGCAUGGCCAGCAAUCACGACAAGACGACAACAUCUAUAUGCCGCAACUGUGGAACAUCGGCAAGCAAAAACCUUUUAUGCAGCAGGUGCAAGACCACAGCGUAUUGCUCACGCGAGUGCCAGGACUGGAAAAAACACAAGAAACAGUGCAAGAUGGAAACCAAGGCGAAGACAUUCACGGACAGAGAGGUUGACUCUCACCAACAGUUGCUGACAGGUUUCUUACACAAAAACUACUUCCGUAUCCUUCUGAAGGCCCAUGCCUUUUGUGAAGAACACGGCGUCGGGAAGCAAGACAUCCUCUUGGAAAUUGACUUUUAUGGAGAUGCGCCAGCUCUCCGUGGUGAGUUUUCCUUCGAUUUGGUCUCGGGAUACAUUCACGACAACCGCCCGAAUGAAAAGGAGUGGUUUCCCAAUGAUUUGUGGAAGGGAAUCAAGGAUAAGUAUCGAACCAUGACGCCGGACCCUGUGCUUGCUGUUUGUCACUAUCCGGAUGAUUCAGGCGGGGCCUACCGUCUUGGUUUGAAAAACCAAGAUACUGGCUUGGCCAUGAUGUCGAAUGAAGCAAUGGGUGCAGUUGGGACGGCAAACCAGAGCGAGUUGACCCGAAAUUUUGGACCUGCAGGGAUGACAGAUAUGGGGAGACAACUUCUCAUUUGGAAUCCACAACGCGUCCUCAAAGAGAUGAACUAG